UAACGGAAGUCCGUAUCGGAUCUCGCUUCGGAUUGACAACAAAACAAACAGGAGUGAAACUGAAGCGGUAAACAUGCGUCUGUCAUCGCUGAGCUGAAGCGGGUUUGAGACAUGGACUGCUAAAGCUCUCUCAGUGCGGCAGCAGCAUGGAGGAGAUGGAGGGGAUCGAGGAUGAUAAUCAUAACUGUCGCGCGGAGGCAGUGAGUGUGUGUUCACCUGCGCAGGUGUGUGUGGACUCGGACUCCAGCAGUGACACCUGUGAGUCCGACAGCUCGGCCACAUCUGCGCUGCUGCUCAGCUCCGCUUCCAAGUUCCUCUUGAACGCGAUGACAGCAGAAGAAUACAGGACGGUUUACUGGCCAAAGCUAGAGCGAGCCAUUGAGCAUCUGCUCACUCAAAGCCCGAUGGACCACAUCUCCAUCUCAUACGAACAGAUCUACAGUCACGUUUAUAAGUGCGUGUGCCAACAGCACUCAGAGCUGCUCUACAACGACCUGAUGUGGAAGAUCACGUCUCAUCUAGAACAAGUGUCUUCUGAGCUACAGGCCAGCCCACCAGAACAUUUAAUUGAAAACUUUAACCUGGCUCUGACGCAGUACACAGCCGCCCUGCACUGCAUCGUUCCCGUCUUCAUCUAUAUGAACAAGUUCUACAUUGAGACGAAGCUGAACCGCGACCUGCGGGACGAUCUCAUGAAGCUCUUCUCCGAUCACGUAGCAGAGAAACACGUCAGCACGCUGCUGCCUCUUCUUAAAAAGGCUCAUUCCAUGCCGUUUCAAGUCAAACCAUCAACUAUGGCGAGUGUUGUGAAAGGUCUUUACGCCCUCCGGCCAGACUGGGUUCCUCUUGCUCCGGCUCUGUUCUCUAGAUUCAUUCCUCAGAUCGAUCCUCCUGCUCUUGAAUCUCAGCUCCCGCAUUACGCCGAUCAAGAUAAAAAACUGCAGAUGGAGCUUUUUCACAACGGCUUCUCCAGGGGCGAUCAGUCACGGAAGCGAGCGAGCGAAGAAUCGUGACAGCGAAGUGGACGUUUACACUACUUCAGUGAGAAGACACCAACACGCCUGUGAUCACGAAGCGUCCCGAUACACUCGCCGACGAGCUGCUGCCAUUUAAGCCUACGUAAUUCAUUAACAAUCACUUCACAACAGACUUUAUCUGAUACAGAGACACUUCAUCUCUUCAUACAGUCCUUUGGGAAUUCUCAGUUGUUUUGAGAGUUCACAAAAACAUUACACAAACACGAGCAUCAUCUCUACGGCCUUUGUGGGAUUGCCUCUUUUCUCUUGUCUGGAUUUGUUUAACAGUAUUUAUCAUAUUUCCAGGUUGAUUUAUUCUAUCAAGCGGGCUGUUUUCGCUUCCUCCUCACUUUUCCUUACUUUGUCGUUCAGUGAAAUCCUCCGGUUUGCUGUGAUUUCAGUAAGGGUGGUUAUAGACUGCAGUAACGUGAUGUUGGAUCCAGAAUGUCUUAUCGGGUGAUGAAUGAAGGGGUUCAAAAUCCAGAUUUUUACCCAAUUAUUUAAUUUUUUUGUUUUAGGAUCACUACUGUAAUUUUAAACAGUUUUAGAUAAUAAUAACGUGCCUUUGGCUGUUCGCCUUUUUUCCUUUUUAAGUGAAAUGUGAAAUGUAAGUCAAUCAUUUAUUAUGACAGCUGUUGAUUUUUUUUUUUUUUUUUUUUUUUUUUUUUUGGCGCUUCAAUAGAAGAAAAGUCACACGUUGAAUCUGGAAGCUCAAAAGUUUGUGAAAAACCGCACCGAAAAAGGACAUCUGAAAUGCAGGUGUGAUAUAAAGGGCUGCUAAUAAUUUAUCUGAAAUAAACUCAUGACACUGAAACAAGAAUUGUGUGUAAUAACUUUCAUUAAGUCAUUAAAAAGCAAUAUUAUAUAAUAUAAUGCUAAAUAGAUCAUUAGUUAAUGCAAAUUUUAUUCAGAAAUUUUCAUAUUUUAAUGUAUGCGAGGUAUAAUAUAAGCAUUAUAUAGUAAUGUUAUUAUAAUAACUUAAUAAAAAAUUAUUAUAAACCAAAAACGAAGCAAAUACUUUUUGGAAUAAACACUUUAAUCUGACAUUAAAAUUAUUAAUAACUUACAGUGAGUCUUUAACAAGCUGUAUUAAGUUAUAUAAUGUUAAAUAGAUCAUUAGUUAAUGCACAUUUUAUUCAUAUAUUUUCAUAUUUCAAAGUAUAUGGAGUAUAUUUAGGCAUAAUAAUGUUAUUCUAAUAUUGUUUCUGGCUUAAUAAAAAUGAUUAAAACGUGAAACAUUGAUCAUAUUAUGGGAAAUUUCUGUUUAACUUAGCUUAAAGACAGUUAAACUAAAGCUGUGUGUGUAAAAUAAUAUUUUUUACGAGAAUUUCAUUAUAACCUCAUUAUAAAACGGUGUAUGAAAUGAGCAAAAUGGCAAGCAGAACACUUGAAAAUAAUCAGUUAUUAACAAAUUGAAUAUGAUCCAUCUCACUUGUUUUUGUAAUUUUCUAUUGUUUUGUAUUAUAGUUAAACUCUAAAAGCAUUACAGUGUAUGUUUUGCAUUGCAAUAAAGAUAAUUGAUGAGAAAAUUGUCAUGUAA